UGUAUCACCUGGACCACAGUUGCGCUGUUCAGAGUGCUAUAUUGAUCGCGGCAUAUAUCGUUUCAGACGUAACGCAAUCUUGUCUCUGUUGGACCUCACUUUUCAGAACUUAGCGCGUCUUCGAUACUAUACGUCGUGUAAUAAAAAUACUUACCUUUAUAUUGACCUCAACAGGAGAAGCGAAGCGGGCGAGUCUACAGAAGAAAAGGUCCGGGAAGAGAUUGCCUGGCGGUAUAAAGAGCUGGGAAAGAUCAGCUUUGCAGAGACCUGUGUCGGCACUUUGAUCGCUACACUGAUCAUCGCCUGGUUCGUAAUGAAGCCGCAAAUAUUUCCGGGAUGGAUUGACGCUCUUCCCCAUGGAGAGCUCGUGCAGCCCAGCGCCUUGAUCGCCUUGAUGGCGCUGCUGCUCUUCGUAAUACCGAAGAAUCCUGGAAACCCGUGGCAGUCACAGUCACUUCUCACGUGGGAGGAGGCGGUCAAGGGUGUCAAGUGGGGCGUCGUGAUCCUCGUGGGAGGAGGCAUGACUCUGUCGGAGGCCUGCAAGCAAUCUGGACUUUCUUCGAUACUGGUGGACAACGUGAAGGGCAUGGACGUACUGCCACCGGCUCUCACGGCUUUGCUGUUCUGCUUCGCUGCGUCUAUGUUCACGGAGAUAACAAGCAACACCGCCACGAGUUCCAUACUUCUGCCCCUCGUCUGCGACAUGGCUGUCGCACUGAGGCUGCACCCCAUCUACCUGGCCAUGCCUGUGGCAGUCGCCUGUUCGUCGCCUUCAUCAUACCCGCCGGUACACCGCCGAAUGCCAUCGCCUACGACCUGGCCAAGCUCCGCAUUCCGGAUAUUGUAA